AUGAGCGAGACGGAAACCCAGUCGGACGCCAGCCGUCUAGCCGAUCGACUGUCGCAGUCGGUCUCACUCCUCGCUGGAAACUGUCAAUUCAGAGGAACAACGAUCAAGGAGAAUGGCGAGCAAGCGGUCGAGCUGGAGGGACAGAGGAAUGGCUUGAUUGACGAGACCCUCGAACUAUCACGACAAAUCUUCAACUCGGCCCUCAAGGCAGAAUCAGACCAUCUGCCAUUACUAGAAGCCUUGGCCAGCACGCCAGAUCAACCGACCAACAAGAGGACCAGCCAACCUGCCAACCUCUUGCCCCGAACACCCCUCGAGGAGCUCUAUCUGCCCCCUCAACCGGAUCAUCUAGCAAUCUGGCAUCAACUCUCACUCAGACACAACUGUCUCAUCAACUGGGUCAAAGACACUCUCGACCUGGACGUCCAAGCCGACCAGCAGGAGGACCAAAACAAUAAGAACGAUGCCCUGGCCAUCGAACUCGAUGGUGAUCCGACCAACCUCGACCCAGAUUCACUCCGACUUCCAUCUGGGUCAGAAUCCGACGAACUAUCCAGUCUCGACGACCAGGAUGACUCAUCCUCCGACACCGAACAACUCUUCUCGUCCAGCGAUGGCGAUUCCGAUGACCAAGCCGAUCCUGACCCCAAUGAGUCCUAUGUGACCACACUAAAUGAUGCCGAUCAGGACAGCAGUCAAGAGUCAAGUGAGGAUGAAGAAGAAGAUGAACUAGAGGACAAAAAGCGAAAAGAUCAAGACCAACCGCUCUCCCUCGAUAAUCUAGAGUCUCGUUCAUCAUCAUCAGCAUCCUCAUCCAAAAACACACCCAAACACCGGCGAUCAGCGGUUGAUAGCGACUUCUUCUCGUUAGCCGAAUUCGAACAGGAAGCCGAGGAUGGUGAAGCAGAGAUGAGGAGGAAGCUCAGACGAGCGACUGGCAUGAGUGGCCAACCUGAGGAUGACGAAGAUAGCGAACAGGAUGAGGAGGUUGAUCUGUUUUCCCGAUUUGAUACUGGCCUGAUAGACGACGAGGACGCUAUGGAUGAGGAUGGUGAUGAUGAGGGUGGACAAGUCGAUCUAGAUUCAGUCGCAGAUCUCAGAUAUAACGAUUUCUUUGCCCCGAUCGCCGGCAAGCCAUCUGGAAAGAGACAGCCCAAAACAGUUGAUGCCCCAGCUACCAAGAAAAAAACAAAGAUACAGCCCAAACUCGGCAAGGUCAAGUUCUCAGAGGAAGUCAAAGUAAAAGAGAUUCCUGCCAAGAACCGAGGUGUCCGGGUGGCUGAAAUCUCGAGUGCUGACGAGGAUGAAGAUGAAGAUGACGAUGACGUAGACUUCCACUCCGAUGAUGACCUUGAUAGUGAAGAUGAGGAAGAACAAGAAGAAAGAUCGGAUGGCCACGACUCAUCCGAUAACAGCGAUUCAGAUUCUAACGGCCAUGACAGUCAAGACGAAGACGCAGGAGAAAAAACGAUGAGCCGACUGAGUGGAGAUCUCUUUGACGAUGGCUUCUCAGAAGAUGGGUCAGAUUCAGAUGGGUCGGAUCCAGGGGCUGCUGAACAAGAUUUGUCGAGACACGCGAAGAAGAUGAAGAACUUAUCUAAGCAAAUCGCGCAACUCGAAGCAGAGAACGUCGCCAAGAAGGAGUGGAUGAUGAAGGGUGAAGCCGCGUCAAAAGAUCGGCCCCAAAACAGUUUACUUGAAGAAGUUUUAGAGUUCGAACAUAUCCAGAAACUCGCUCCCGCUGUGACUGAGGAAAAAACGCAGAAUUUGGAAUCGCUUAUCAAACAACGGAUCCUAGAGGGUAAUUAUGAUGACGUAGUCCGGAAGCGACCGAUCGAUCCGAAAGCAUUUUUACCAUCUCGGUUGUUAGAAUUAGAAGAUACUCAGGCCAGCAAAUCAUUGACGGAGAUAUAUGAAGACGAAUACGCCAAGACGAAGAGCCAUUCUGAAACCGGGAAGAGAGCGAUAGAGGCGAAGGACGAGAAGUUGAGCAAGGAGCAUGAGGAGUUGAAGGCGAUGUUCGAAAGCUUGAGUGGCAAGUUAGACGCCCUAAGUAAUGCACAUUUCACCCCUCACCAACCCACGGCGACGAUCAAGACGAUCAACAACCUGCCGGCGAUCUCCCUGGAGAGCAGUCUGCCUACUGCCACUGGGGCCGGAACCCUGUUGGCACCGGAAGAGCUUUUCAACGUCCGGUCGGCCAAGGAUCUCGUGACGGAUGUUGACAGUCUCACUCACUCCCAAAAACAAAACCUGCGCACCCAUCUCAAAAAACAUAAGUCUAAAUCUCCCUCUGGAUCUGGGGCUGCGGCUGCGGCUGGCUCGGGGUCGGGGUCCGCUCAGAAUCAGAAGAAGAAAGAAAACUCGGGCGCACCCUCCGGUCAAGCAGAUCAGCCAAAUCAGCGAUCAUCCGUCAAGGACCAGAAAAUCGCAUCCUUGAACUUGCUCCAAAAACCCUCGAAUCAACUCGCCCAAAAUAUCACUAUCCUCGAUAAUCCUAAACUCAAACGACCUUCCGAUUCUGAUUCCCUUCCCUCUAAGACCAAGAAUAAGACUCGUAAAUUGGAUAGUGGGGCUUCUUUUAAGCUGUAG